AUGGACAUGAAAAAAAGGUUUGGUAUGAACGAGUUAGAGCUUCCAAGUAGAUUGUUUGAGACAGGGUAUGAACCGACCGGCAAGAAAAGGGUUAACAACUACUUCAAUCUCCGCUGGAUUGAAGUAAUAAAGAGUGCAUUAGAGGAUGAGGAUCUCACGAUGUUGAAUGCGUCACAGUUUGGCCAGGUACUGAAGAUGGGGUCCCAUACCUUCUCGGUUAUGUUUCUUCACUACCUUCUUUCACGACAGUUGAUCACUGAGAAGGACUUCGAACUGUGGUGGCUUUUCGUGGGGAAACCAAUUCGUUAUUCUAUUCAAGACUUCGCACUCGUAACUGGCCUCAAUUGUGGCCAAAUAGUGGACGCUCACCAUCAGGCGAAGGGUAAAGGUGCGCGUGGUAAGGGAACCGGAAAAUCCACAUCAUCGAGUGCUUCUCAAACAACAUGGGAUGUUCUGUUUGGAAAGGAGGAUAAGCCCACCACCAGCUGGAUAAUUGACCGCCUUGUGAAGGGAAAGAAAUACAAGGAUCCGUUAACUCGUCUCCGCUUGGCCUUAUUGGUGCUGGUCGAAGGUAUUUUGUGCCCCACAUGUGGCACAACGAACAUCAGACCUGAGGUUGUGCGGAAGCUGGAUAAUCUGGAUGAGUUCCUAAACUAUCCAUGGGGGCGUGAGUCAUUUCUCCUCACUGUGCGCAGUACAAAAUCUCGUCGUCCCAGUCAUUAUGUGUUACAUGACACAAUGGCCAUCCAAAGUUUCUCGCAUGCCAUGGUUCUUGUUACAGUUGCUGCUUGUCCCUCGAUACUACUUAAGCCCGGAGCAGUUACCCCCCUGGAUGAUGAGUCUAAAAGCAGUGAAGAUAUUGUUAACGAGUUGUUUGAUAGGAAGUUCAGCGUGAACGUCGUCUCAGCCAAAGCUGUCGACCAAAAGGCCCAGGCUUUUGUGCGAUCUCUUAUUAGAUCAGACGAAGCUGGUGAGGAGUUGUAUCGUGGAUUGGGAGACAACGAAGACGAAGCUGUUGAUCACCUGGUUGCAUUAGCUCGUGAUGACUACCCAUUUGCACACAACACAUGGGCAGGUGGUGUGAAAGCAGAUGAUGUGAAGGCGAAUAAGGGCCAUGCUCUCCCAAGUGAGUCGAGUGACGAGGAGGAACUUGAAGAAACUGAUAGAGAAUAUAGGCAGCAAGGAGGUAGUGACGAUGUCGUCCACUCUGGAGAAGGAAGAUGCCAACCAAGUAUGAGGGAGGGUGAGGCGCCUAUUGGUGGUCGGCCUACUUCCGCUGGUGUUGGAGAUUUGGUUAGACAAGCGGCUGAGGCGUUUGAAGCACAACUGUUACCUAUGUUUGAGGGCUACAUGGUCAGUAUGAAAGACCACAUUUCCAAAGAACUGAGCAAGCUGAUGACCGAAGUAGCUUCCGCCAAUUCUUCUAUUGAUGCGGUGGAAACUUUUGUUAAGACUGAGUUGGCCACUCUGCGCAAUGGAACCGCCGGAGUUGCCAUGUACGGUGGAGACCUGUUUAGUGGGUACAGCCCUGCGAUGCGGUCACCCUCCCAUGGACCUUCUUCUCCCUCCCGCCAGAGAAAUAAGGGUACUGCUGAGACUAGAGUUGAUGCAGAAGAUUCGCCACAAAUUGAUGAACUUGAUGGGAAUGCAGCUAUUGGGAAGAAGUCAUGCCCAUCUGAGACGGCACCUGGUGAUCCUAAAAGUGACCGUCCUGAGUCAUUGAUUGAGGAGACUGUUACUGGUGCUAUGCCCACAUCAUCCUCCGGAGUGGAUGCCUUCCUCGAUGUUAGUGAGCCAUCUUCGUGCAUUCCAUCUAGUGAUGGAGGCAAUGCGGUGGUUAGUGCAUCAGCGGAAGCCAGAACGACCUUUCUCCAACCGCCUGUUUCUUCUUUGGUUACUUCGGAGACAUACAAUCCUCAGGCACCGUCUACUCUUCUGUCAUCACCGUUCUCAGCACCUCUGUCUGACACACCACCCCCUGCAUCAUCAGCUGUUGUUGAGGUUCCAUCAGAUGUAUCACACACAAACACAGAAGCAGCUCUCGGCUCCACUGUCGACGCCAUCCCUACCGAAUUGCAUGUCUUCCCAUCCAGCAUUCAUGAGACGGAUGUAUCAGACACAGUUAGGGGACCAUCUGCUGCUUCCAUUGUGGAAUCAGUACCUACUCAAUCACCUACUAUUGAACCCAAGCUCCAUGAUGUAGAGGAUGAUGUCGGAGGGUCGGUAGCGACCGAAGAGGAUGAAGUCCUCACUAAAAAGACACCAUCACAGCCAAGAAAGGCUGGUCGUGCGGUGAAGCUCACAACCGUUGUACCAUCUCAGGCCUGCACACGGUAUAGCAAACGGGAGCGUCGCAAUCCAGACAGAUACACGCCGUCUGAAGGACCCGAUAAGCAAGAACUUGGCAAACGUGCUCGUCGUGGUGCAAAGGAGAAGGAGAAUGUGGUUGCAUCCGUUGCUGAGCCAAGUAUUCCAAUUAAGGAAACAACUUCUCUCAUCGGGGGUUUUACACCAUUCCUCCCACCUAAUCCUGUUAAGCGAGCUACAUUCCUCGAGGCUAUGAAGGAUGCCAACCGGGUUGCUUCUGAGAAGGUCUUCACUUACCGUUUACUAUAUGUUUACUUUGCCAAUGCAAUCGAUUGUGUGGUCACCUUCAUACGCAAGCGCAGGGAUGGUCUGCCACGAUCUAGAUUUGAUUUCAUCGAGGCUUCUUUUUUUUCUGACCUCCUGACUAACUUCGGGGAGUUUAAAGCUUGUUCAGCAAAGGAGGCUUUCUCAUUCUCUCCGUCUUUCAAGAAACAAUUUACCGACCGUCCGCAGUGGUUCACGCAAGUUGAUAUUCUCCACAUACCAGUGCUAAUGAACAAAAGGCAGUGGGUUGGCGUUAUUGUCGACUUGAAUAUGUGGGCCAUGUAUGUUGUUGAAGCCAACCCCGGUUGUCCAUCUGAGUUUGAACUCACUUCAGUACUAACAGCAGCGUCUAUUCUGUUUCCGCACCUGAUCGGUCGGUAUUGUAUGACCAACCAUGCGCAAAAACGCAAUUUCGAGCCCAUGACUUUUUCCAGGUUGGAUAUGCCUUGUGUUGUAGAGCACCCAGGUUGUUCGGCGGUGGUGGCGCUUAUGUUAUUAGAGCUGCACGCCGUAGGCAAGGAUGUGACUGUUCUGAAAUUUACUGAAGAACAAGUACGGACAGCUGGAGAGAAUUAUGUCGUCGAUGCACUGCACCUGUGUCAGGCCGUGCCAAUUCCUUAUACUCAGUAG